AUGGCUGCGACAGACCAUCAGCGGAGCACUCGCCGCGUUCUUUCUCCGUCUCAAGGACUCUUCAAUUGUCAACUAGUCCGGCAUUCGUGGCAUAGCAAAUCACCGCCGUCAGCUAGCGUGAGCGUUCCACCGUGAUGAGUUCAGUGAUUCUGGGAUACUGGGACCUGCGAGGCCUCGGACAGUCGAUACGACUGUUGCUGGAGCAGGUCGGCGAAAAAUAUGAAGAGACACGCUACACAUUGGGGAACGAUCUUCAGAAAAACGAGUGGAGGACAAUCAAGACUUCGUCUCCGUUGAUCAUUGGCGGACCCGGCGAGAGCCGUAUGGAUUUCCCGAAUUUGCCGUACUACAUUGAAACAAAGGCUGACGGGUCGCAGCUGAAGCUCAGUCAAAGUGUGGCCAUCAUGAGGUAUCUCGGAGAGAAGCAUGGACUCAUUCCCACCUCUCUGGAAGAACGCGCUCUGCUCACAGUCUACGAGCAAGAGGUGACCGAUCUACGGGCAGCCAUUUGUGGAUAUUGCUAUGGAGGGACCUUCCCACACAAGUUCAGGUUUCCGAACUACGUGCAAGAUAUCAGAGACGUCCUGAAAACAUGGGACCAGUUUCUGGACAAGAAGCAAUGGAUCAUGGGAGAUUUAAUGACCUAUGUCGACUUUUACUUGUACGAAAUGCUCGACUGGCACAUCCUUCUCGACAAGACUAUCCUGGACGCUUUCCCGAAUAUCGCCUCUUAUUCUGAGCGGAUCAGGAAAUUACCGGCGAUUGAGGCCUACAUGAAAUCCGACAGAUACAUAGAUUGGCCCCUCGUCAGCCCGCUUGCCCCGGUCUGGGGGAGCAUCAACCACAGCAAAGCAUAACAAUACAGUCGAUCACAGGAUAUUACGAUACUCUGCGGAGAAUGAGAAAUUAUCCCCAAUAAAGCAUCUAGCUGAACCUCAGG